AUGUUACACUACACAAACCCCGCCCUAUUCUCCCGCUUUCCAUCACCUCGCCCCCUUCUCCCGCUUUUCAUCACCUCGGCCCAAUCUCCCUCCUACCAUCACCCCACCCCAUUCUCCCUCCUUCCAUCACCCCGCCCCAUUCUCCUGCUUUCCAUCAACCCGCCCCAUUCUGCCGCAUUCCAUCACCCAGCCCCGUUCUCCCGCUUUCCAUCACUCCGCCCCAUUUUCCCGCUUUGCGUCACCCCGCCCCAUUCUCCCGCUAUCCAUCACCCCGCCCCAUUCCCCCACUUUUCAUCACCCCGCCCCAUUCUCCCGCUUUCCAUAACCCCGCCUCAUUCUCCCGCUUUCCAUCACCCCGCCCCAUUCUCCCGCUUUCCAUCACUCCUCCCCAUUCUCCUGCUUUCCAUCACCCCGCCCCAUUCUCCCUCCUUCCAUGACCCCGCCCCAUUCUCCCUCCUUCCAUUACCCCGCCCCAUUCUCCCGCUUUCCAUCACCCCGCCCCAUUCUCCCGCUUUCGAUCACCCCGUCCCAUUCUCCCGCUUUCCAUCACCACGCCCCAUUCUCCAGCUUUCCAUCACCCCGUCCCAUUCUCCCUCUUUCCAUCACCCCGCCCCAUUCUCCCGCUUUCCAUCACCCCGCCCGAUUCUCCCUGCUUUUCAUCACCCCGCCCCAUUCUCCCGCUUUCCAUCACCCCGCCCCAUUCUCCCGCUUUCCAUCACCCCGCCCCAUUCUCCCGCUUUCCAUCACCCGCUCCAUUCUCCCGCUUUCCAUCACCCCGCCCCAUUCUCCCGCUUUCCAUCACCCCGCCCCAUUCUCCCGCUUUCCAUCACCCCGCCCCAUUCUCCCGCUUUCCAUCACCCCGUCCCAUUCUCCCGCUUUCCAUCACCCCUCCCCGUUCUCCCUCCUUCCAUCACCCCGCCCCAUUCUCCCGCUUUCCAUCACACCGCCCUAUUCUCACGCUUUCCAUCACCCCGCCCCAUUCUCGUGCUUUCAAUCACCCCGCACCAUUCUCCCUCCUUCCAUCACCCCGCCCCAUUCUCCCGCUUUCCAUCAACCGCUCCAUUCUCCCGCUUUCCAUCACCCUGCCUCAUUCUCCCGCUUUCCAUCACCCCGCCCCAUUCUUCCGCAUUCCAUCACCCCGCCCCAUUUUCCCGCUUUGCGUCACCCCGCCCCAUUCUCCCGCUUUCCAUCACCCCGCCCCAUUCUCCCGCUUUCCAUCACCCCGCCCCAUUCUCCCGCUUUCCAUCACCCCGUCCCAUUCUCCCGCUUUCCAUCACCCCUCCCCAUUCUCCCUCCUUCCAUCACCCCGCCCCAUUCUCCCGCUUUCCAUCACACCGCCCUAUUCUCACGCUUUCCAUCACCCCGCCCCAUUCUCCUGCUUUCCAUCACCCCGCCCCAUUCUCCCUCCUUCCAUCACCUCGCCCCAUUCUCCCUUCUUCCAUAACCCUGCCCCAUUCUCCCGCUUUCCAUCAGCCCGCCCCAUUCUCCCGCUUUCCAUCACCCCGCCCCAUUCUCCCGCUUUCCCUCACCCCGCCCCAGUCUCCCGCAUUUCAUAGCCCCGCCCUAUUCUCCCCCUCUCCAUCACCUCGCCCCCUUCUCCCGCUUUCCAUCACCCCGGCCCAAUCUCCCUCCUUGCAUCACCCCGCCCCAUUCUCCCGCUUUCCAUCACCCCGCCCCAUUCUCCCGCUUUCCUUCACCCCGCCCCAUUCUCCCGCUUUCCAUCACCCCGCCCCAUUCUCCCACUUUUCAUCACUCCGCCCCAUUCUCCUGCUUUCCAUCACCCCGCCCCAUUCUCCAGCUUUCCAUCACCCCGCCCCAUUCUCCCGCUUUCCAUCACCCCGCCCCGUUCUCCCACUUUCUGUUGAGUGA